UUUUGAUUUUCUGAACCCUCGACCUAUUAAUUCCCUUGAAUGCUGAGAGCGAGGACAAAAUUUUGGGAAAUCUCCUCCUCAAAAACCCUAAUAAAACCCUACCACACGCACCCAAGAGGAGCUCCCCUCCCUCGCUCCCUCCUCAAGCUCGCGGCCAUGGCGUCUGCUCUUCUCUCGGACUGCGCUGCUUCUUCUUGCUCGACACGCCUUCAUCCGUUCAAGGGAAAAGGCGGGAACUUUUCUCGCCCCUUUCAUUGCCCUGGGUCGGUCUCUUUUCCGUUGAAAACCCUAACAUGUCAAGCUCGUGGAUUUGGCUCGAAAUCCACGGAUUGGAGUUUGUCAGCCGGGUCCCAAGUAACAAUGACUGCAAACACAUUAUCUACUGCUAAGGUCAUUGAUGGAAAAUCAGUAGCAAAACAAAUCCGAGAAGAAGUUGCUUCUGAAGUUGCAAAGCUGAAGGAUACAUUAGGUAUUACCCCGGGACUAGCAGUCAUUCUAGUAGGUUCUAGAAAAGAUUCUCAAACAUAUGUGAGAAACAAGAAGAAGGCUUGUGAAGCUGUGGGUAUCAAAUCUUAUGAAGUUAAUUUACCUGAGGACUGCACAGAAGAAGAUGUGCUAAAGCAUAUUUCAGGCUUUAAUGAUGAUCCCUCUGUUCAUGGAAUCUUGGUUCAGCUUCCCCUUCCUCGGCAUAUGGAUGAGCAAAGUAUUAUUAAUGCUGUCAGUAUCGAAAAAGAUGUGGAUGGUUUUAAUCCACUGAAUAUUGGUUGCCUUGCCCUUCAAGGCAGAGAACCGUUAUUUGUUCCUUGUACUCCCAAAGGAUGUAUGGAACUGUUGCGCAGGUAUGGGAUCGAAAUUAAAGGAAAAAGAGCAGUUGUAAUUGGACGGAGCAAUAUUGUUGGAAUGCCUGCUGCAUUGUUGUUGCAGAGAGAGAAUGCAACGGUCACUGUGGUACACUCUAGGACCAACAAUCCUGAGGAAAUCAUACGACAGGCUGAUAUAGUCAUCUCAGCUUGUGGAGUUGCACACUUUGUAAGGGGCAGCUGGUUAAAGCCUGGUGUGGCUGUGAUAGACGUUGGAAUCAAUCCAGUUGAGGACCGAGAAAGCCCUCGAGGUUAUCGACUGGUCGGUGAUGUUUGCUAUGAUGAAGCAUGCAGUGUAGCUUCUGCUAUCACUCCAGUGCCUGGUGGAGUUGGUCCCAUGACCAUAGCCAUGCUGUUAUCCAACACUCUCGUAUCCGCGAAAAGGAUACACAACAUCAAGUGAUGAGAGAGUUUUUCCGACUGUUUUGGUGCUUGUUUGCUCAAACUUGUGAUUUAGGGGCUCUAUAUUUUUCUGCCCUUAAAAUUUUUUUUGUUAUAAGAUAUGAGGCUGCUCAAAAUGUGAAAUCAAACAAAUAUCAGCCAUGCUAUGAAGAGUUCUUUGUUAACA